AAUAUUUCAGGCGAAAUAAAUUUUGAUAUUCUGAAUGAUCGAAAUUUAAUAUUCCAUAAUUAUCUCAUUGAAAAUAUUGGAAAAGCUGAUCAAACGUGGCUAUCCUUUCGUCAAUAUUUUCUUUCAACAUCAGAUCAGGGAAAAAUUGAAAAUUGUAAUUACGUUCCUGAAGUUUCCCAUUUUACAAGACUUUAUGCGUCUGCCAUUGUGAACAAAAGAAUCAUUUUACUCGUCGAUCAGACGUCAGAACAAAUGGACACUACCAGAGCUAUAGCAAAGACUGUCGUUUCAGCACUCAACGAUACUGAUAAGGUUUCGAUAAUUUUAAUCGCUGAUAAAGUGACACUUUUUUCGCGGCCAGAUUCAUGUCAAAGUGAAGUGAUGACACAGGCAACGCCUACAAUAAAACAUAAGAUUUAUGAUUUCCUAGAUAGUGCGAACAGAACAAAUGGAAUCGCUAAUCAUACUUUAGGCUUUCAAAUAGCUUUUGAUGUCAUAAAUAAACUUUAUAAAGAGUCAAAUGCUAGUGACCUCCUUCCGAUCUCUUUUUUAUAUGUUACCGAAGGCGUUACGGAUUUGUUUUCGGAUGCACGUAAUGUUCUAGCGGAAAUAACAAUCGGCCAAUCGCGCCUUCCACAUCCAGUGAUAAUAAAUAUCUGCGCUAUCGUUGCCAAUAACCGACAAUUCCCGACACAAACUCAAUUCUUACACGACAUCGCUUCACAAAAUUUCGUCAAAUAUGGUUUGGACACAUCAAGUUGGUGGCAUAAGAAAGGAGACCGCUCGCUCAAUGGACAAAUGUUUCUAAUGAAUCGAACAAUGGAAGGAUUUCAACGUCAUUUCCUUUUAUGUUUGACCGAACUUUUUAAUUAUAAACAAUUCAUCAACAAUCAAUUCACUCUUCAUCCUCCGUUUUAUGAUGCAGACUUUAGUAAAGAUUUCAUCGUGAGUCUUACAAAAACGUGUGAUCAACGAGGAGUAUUUGGCAUUGAUCUUGUUUUAAACUUUUUAAUUGAGGAUGUUCUUUACUCGAAUAAACCGAAUUCAUCUUACAAAUUUUUAACAGACAUGAAUGGAAGAACUUUUUCACAUUCACUUCUUUAUCCACGUCCGAUAACAUUGAAGGAAACAUUUUAUCUUGUUCACAUUCGUUUAUUGGAGAAAACGAAAGGUUUUGAUAAUCUUUGGGAGAAAAUGAUGAAGAUCGAGAAUGGAAGUGAAAUAUUAGAAAACUUUUCUUACACAUGGCGGCACAUUUCAAAUCUUAUGAUUGUUUGUAUCGUAACAGAUGUGAAUUUUAAUAAUUUAGACAUUCUACAAAGAAUCAAAACAUCAACGACGAGCUCACAUUUGACAGAUCCAAACAAAUCGCUACCUGAACUACUUUAUCAUCGUCUUGAUCUUGUUGUGCCGCCAAAUUCUAUUAAUAUGUGUCAUUAUUAUAAACAGACAGCAACAUUUGAUGCUAUUACUCUUCAUCUGAGUUCAAAAGCAUUCUCAUCACCAUAUUCACAUAUAAAAAGUAAUAAAAAUGAAGAAAGCAACGAAUCACAAAUACAAACUGUUCAAAAUUUCAUGGCAUAUUUAAGAGACACAAGAAAUCUUUUCGCUAAUCCGGGAUUGCUUGAUGUAAUAAGAAGUGAAGUGUCAGGUGCAUAUCAAAUAAUGGAAUUUUUAAAGAAGAAACAUGUCGAGUCGGUGUUCAAGAAGUACAUCGUGAGAAGAUAUGUUGCAAGUAUGAAUGGAGUUCUUCAAAUAUUCCCAGGCGGGUCAUUAGACGUCACUUAUGAAGCAACGAGACGUCCUUGGUUCAUCAAAGCAAUGGAAGAGAAGGGAAAAAUUGCAAUAACUGAGCCAUAUCUUGAUGCUGGUGGUGCUGGUUAUGUCGUCAGUGUCAGUUAUGCAAUUAUGGAGACAAAACAUUCAGGAACAGCAAAACAACCGAUUGCUGUUGUUGCGCUUGACUUCACCAGAGGUUUCUUCUAUCGGAUGUUGCUUGAAGAACUUGAAGAAUGUAAAAUUGCAAACAUUAAAUGUCUGCUGAUGAAUGACAAAGGUUACUUGUUAGCACAUCCAAAUGUUAUGGAAUCAACAAGUAAUGACAAUCAUCGUCAACCUGAACAUAUCACACAUAAAGAAUCACAUGUGGCAAAUGACAUUCUAAUGCAACGAAAGUUUGUGAAGAAGAUUGCUUGCAAUGAUUAUCUAAAUGGAACGUCUCAACGUUAUUAUCAAUUUAACACUUCAAUCAAUGAAAUUAUAACAAAUUUUGCGAAUGUUGAGAAGACAAAAUAUCAAAUAAUGAGCGUGAAAGGAACAAAUUUAUUCGUGGGAAUCAUAAAUUCAACAUCAGAGACGAGUGGAGCUUUUUGUCCCUGUUCGACAAUUGAUUUUCGUUGUCUAAAUUGUUAUCGAAUGGAACAAAUUGAAUGUGAAUGUCCAUGCGAAUGUCGAUUGGAAGAUUCAAGCAGUUGUUUAAUGAACAAAACUGAUUUCACUGAAACUUCUUCAUCAUGUUCACAACGAACUGAAUUAAUUCAGAAUUAUCAAACGCCAAUUGUUAAAGACGUGAUUGACUCAUGCAAUUUAUUUAACUGCGAUAUGUUUUCGGAGAAGGAAGAUUGCUUAGGUGUCAUUGGUUGUGUUUGGUGCCACACAAACGACGAUGAAACGCCACUGUCGAUUCCAUUUUGUGCUGCUGAAUCAACUUGCUACAAUGGCGUUUUUGGAUCAUUUGGAGACGGAUACAACAUUGUCAUUGACUCUGUUAUGAAUUACAAUUUCUUGCCACCAACAUAUUCAGCAAUCUUGCCAGUUAUUGGAGUGAUUUUGCUUCUUUUCCUUGUCGUUGGCUUUGCAAUGUACUGUUAUAGAAUUAAUUAUGACAACAAUGGAUUUGGCGAGCAUUUGUAUGCUGAUUCGCAAGAUAAUAAUUGCAUUGGUAUGAUGCAAAUGUCGAGAUUUGAUUACGAUGAUCAUCCGAUGGAGGAGAAUCAUGACAUGACGAACAGUUUGAAUCAAAGUCUUUUGAACACGAAUGAGAAUGCGAUUGGCGUUCAAUCCCCUUAUAGAAUUGCAACAAAUUAUCGUCAUCCAAAUGGCUACACAGACUCUUCCGAUCAUGGAUAUUCAACGAUGGGAACGCACCAAGACGAUUCAGAACAACAAGUGUCAAUAAGCAAUCGACACAACAACAAUAAACGUUUCUCAUUAUCAGAUUCAGCUUCCAUUAACACUUCCAUAUCAAGUCCACAGAAUAAUCAGCCAUACGACCUCUCUUUGUCUUUAAACACAAACGCCACUCGCCAUUUACCAUCAAACGAACAAACACAAAUUCUCUCUCCGAAAAGAUUGUCGCCACAUCAGGUGAUUGCUGAAGUGACUGUUCAUCGUAUGAUGGAAUCAACGUAA